AUGACCAGCUUUAAGCAAUGUCAAAGUCGUCAUUGUUGUCUUGGCCUGAUAUCAUUCUUGGUGGUGAUUCUCGUAUUAUUCUUGGUAACAUUGCAAAGGAAAGAUGUUACCUUGCGACGAGUGGCAGAAGAAUGGUGGGAACCAAAGCCAUUUCUCUCAAAGGCAUCAUCAUCAUCAUCAUCAUCAUCACCACCACCAUCAUCACAUGAUAGGAAGAGAUGCCCACCAUUGGAUCCAAUGAUCGAACAAGACUUUGUUGGCUUCCCACAGAAUCUAACCUUUGGCAAAUAUGUGGCCGAACAAGGACGACCCUUUCUCACCCAUGAUUUUUGGGCCACCAUUGUGGACAAUCGACGAACCUUUUUGCUUCGUAGCUUUGAAGCAGGCUUUCCUUCUGAUGACAAACUCCGAGCAUGGAUUCGAUCGAGGCCACAUCCAAUUACCUUGAUCAUCAACAACAACCUCGAUCAAUCUUGGCCCAACGAAGAUGGUCUUGUCAACAAGACAAGUUAUCAAAUCAUUUUGAACGACACCAAUGUCCAUGCUGUCUAUGCUAGCAAUGCACGUUAUUUGAGUGAUUAUCCAAAGUUGCAACCCAUGCCGAUUGGAUUGAAAUGGGCCUACAAGUCUACUUUGUUGUUUGGAGAACCCAAAGACGAACGGGCACAGAACUAUCGAACCUAUGGAGCCUCCGGUCCAGAUCAAUCCAAAGCCUUGUUUUUUUCCAAAAAGCGAAAAUCGACAGUCUUUUGGAGGCCCAUGCAAGCUAGAUCGAAUGCUGCCACUACCAAGUAUGUUCGAGAUACUCCAGCCUUGCAGGCCCCACGAUCCUCCAUUCCACCGAUUGUCAAGGAAACGGCCCAAAAUUCCAUGGUAUUUGCACCAGCGCACAUGCCGCAAGAAGAUUUUUUUGGAGAAUUGAAGAAACAUCGAUUUGUCAUUUCUCCUCCUGGAAAUGGAUUGGAUACUCAUGCUACAUGGGAGGCCUUGUUGUGUGGAUGCAUACCAAUUGUUCCACGAUCAGAUUUGGAUCGGGUAUUUGAUGAUUUGCCUGUGUGGUUGGUGGAUUCAUGGGAGGAAGUGACGGAUGCUAGUGUGAAGGAAAAGGAAGCCUACUUUUUAGCCAACCAUGAGAAAUGGAAUUGGGAAAAGCUGUAUCAGCCCUAUUGGAAGGAACGAAUUCAUGAAGGUUUGUGUACAAUAUAA